CUUUUCCUGACAGGUCCGUUGUGAUUUUUGACUUUUUCUGUUCGUCGCGGCUUUUUGAUGACAUUUUUUCUUGCCAAUGGAUGUUGAUAUAAAGCGUUGAUGUGUGUCCUAGUCGGUUAAUGUUUCAAGCAUCUCCGGCUUCACCCAGUCAGUCCAUGGCUGAUCAGCAUGAGUCCAUCGAUCUCAUGUCUCCUCCUGUGGACCCAUCAGCAGCUGCAGGACACAGCUGGUUCCCUGCACCCCCUCCACCCAUGUACUCCUGCACCCUGACCCCUGAGCUGGUGCACAAGGCACGGGAGGAGCUCCAGGAGAAGCCAGAGUGGCGUCUGCGGGAUGUCCAAGCACUGAGAGACAUGAUACUGAAGGAACAGCCCAAUCUCAGGACCCGGCUGGACGACGCCUUUCUCCUGCGCUUCCUGCGGGCAAGGAAGUUUGACUAUGACCGUGCCCUGCAGCUGCUGCUCAACUACCACGCAGGCCGUAAGGCUUGGCCAGAGGUGUUCCAGGACCUGAAGCCAUCCACAGUGAAACACGUCCUGGACCUGGGCUUCCUCACAGUCUUGCCACAGCCCGACCCCAGCGGGAGAUACAUCCUCUGUCUCCGGCCGGGAAAAUGGAAACCAAAUGAUUAUCCGUUUGUUGACAAUGUAAGGGCCAUCUAUCUGACUCUGGAGAAGCUGAUCCAGCCGGAGGAGACGCAGGUGAACGGUAUUGUCAUCUUGGCCGACUACACCGGAGUGGGCAUGUCGCAAGCAUCCAACCCAGGCCCGUUCCUCGCCAAAAAGGUUGUAAGCAUCCUCCAGGAUGGGUUCCCAAUCAGAAUCAAGGCCGUCAACAUAAUAAACGAGCCCAGGAUUUUCAAAGGCAUCUUUGCUAUAAUUAAGCCUUUUCUGAAGGAAAAGAUGGCAGAGAGGCCUGUGCUCCAAAAUAAUGAGAAAAUGGAGGGCCAAGCAUUUGCUUUUCAGGGGAAUGAACUCAAACUACCAGCUCCACUCCCCUGGGUUCUCCUUAAUCUCCUGAGAGGGGUUCCUUUUGUGUUCCGUCAAACCUGUGCGGGAAACGCAAACCAGUUGUUAGCACAACACUGACACGUUGUCACCUGCGUAAGUUAAUAUAGCAAACAUGUCAGCAGUUGUUUAUUUACAUAAUUAGUAGCUACAGAGCAACAUUAACAUUUCAAAUCUACAGGAUACUCUCCAACAAGUGUCCAGGGGGCUUUCCCUUUCCUGGAACAUGCAUAUUGUUAUCUCCUCCCACAUCCUUUAGAUGAGACUGUGAGGAGGUCUAAGUGGUUUUAUGCAACCUGGAUGCUAAAUGCUCCACUAUGUUCACCAGCUAGCCGCUAACUGUGUCUGCUGCAGCCGAUAUCUCUGCAAAGAGAGUGAACCAAAACAAUGAGAAGAUGUAAAUCCCCAGCAGGGUUGAGAGGAGCUGGAUGGUAAUUCAUUGCGUGUUCAUUACUUACCUCCUCCACGGCUCGGACCUGCGCUCUCUGCACCGGAACAUCCCUCGCUCGGUUCUGCCGGAGGAGUACGGAGGCACCUCGGGCCAGCUGGACUUGUGUGCGUGGUCGAGAGUGCUCCUGGACUGCGAGGAGGAAUU